GUCUAAACUCAAUUUGAAACAAGCUAUUGAUUAUGUUUAUCAAUCUUGGUCUGAUGUAACAACUACAACAAUAAAAAAUUGUUGGGGUAAGACAGCAUUGGUUCAUCAAGUUGAAGAUUACAUUACUGCAAUUGAUGAGCCACUUGUAAUUGAAGGUACUCUUAGUGAUAUAGAAAUUGUUGAAAUGGUUCUAGAAGAUGCACAAAUUGAAGCUGGUGUUAAUGUAGAUUCUGAUGAAGACAAUGAAGAACCGCCACCACCAAUUAUUACUAUUAAAGAAGCUUAUGAAGCUUUAAAGAAAUUGAUUAGAUUUGAAGAGCAACAAAAUGAA